CCCUUUCAGCCACGUCAGCUGGCAACUUCAAGUCCAGCCCCAGCUUUGACAGGGAGGGAGGGGGCUUGUCUUAGGGGCUGGGCAGAGGGGCCAGGGGGCAGUGCCAGGCCCUCAGAUCCCAGGACCCCCUCCUCUUGCCAGCCCUUGCCUGCCUCCUCCAAGAUGGUCUUGCUGACCAUGAUCAGCCGGGUCCAAGACGGGCUCCUCUUGGCUGCCUCCAUGCAAGAAACCGAGCAGUCAAACCGGAACUUCCAGGAAUAUCAUAACCAAGCCAAGCAACUGUUCCGGAAACUUGGGGACCAUUCACCAAGCCGGUGUUCUUUGCAAGCCGGACCAAUGACUUUCCAUUACCUGAUCAGCCAAGGCAUUUGCUACUUGACACUCUGUGAAGCUGCCUACUCAAAGAAACUGGCCUUCUCCUUCCUGGAGGAGCUACAAGCUGAAUUUUGGGAGCUGUAUGGGAAGAAAGUGUCCUCUGUGUCACGGCCAUAUGCCUUCAUUGAGUUUGACAUUUAUAUCCAGAAGCUGAAGAAAUCCUAUCUGGAUACCUGGUCGAAGCGUCACCUGAGCAGCAUCAACCUGGAGCUACAGGAUGUCCAGAAAAUCAUGGUCACCAACAUUGAAGAGGUGCUUCAGCGUGGAGAGGCCUUAUCAGCUCUUGAUUCCAAAGCCAGCAGUUUGUCGACUCUCUCCAAGAAAUAUCGCCAGGAUGCCAAACUCCUCAACAGCCGCUCUGCUUAUGCCAAAGCUGCAGCCACCAGCUUGAUCUUUGUGGUACUGAUGCUCUACAUACGUUUUUGGUGGCUGGUGUGACUGCAAAGGCCAUGCCUUCUUUCUUCUCUCUCACUCCAUCUAUUCAGUCCUUUCUCACAUGACAUGGGAAAUGUUCUCAUCCCUUCACUACAUCUCUGCCAAGACAGAACUGAAACCGGUAGCAAACACCAUCAGCUUUGGGAGAGAAUGAGAACUGCUAAAGAUAUUAUUUUUUGAAACGGUGACUCCUUUUGCCACUUUGUGGCCAAAACUGGAAUGACAAUCAUUAGAGAUUCAGUAAAACAACUGAUAUUUUUAUGGAUUUUUUUUAAAAAGUGUGGUUUUUAGUGUAUAAAAACAUAUUUUUAUUAAAUUAGGGAAGGGGGAGAGGCAAGAGGAACUACUAUUAGAUCAGAAAGACAACCUUUGUACACAAAAAAAUCCAAUUUUGUGGCACCUUAAAGACUUGCAGUUUUAUCUUAAAAUAAGUUUCAGCCACAAUAAAUCUGAGAUUCUAAGUUAA